GCAACGGGAACGUCACGGCAGGGCUGGAGGAAAGGAAGGAGGGGGGGUUGCCGAAAGGUGCGGACGUCGCUGGCUUUACAAGUGAGUGGGGGCGCUGCCGGCCCUCCGGAUAACACCUGGGGCAGAAUGGGGCAAAGCAGGAAGUGAUGCGGGAGUCAUGGUUAGAGCGCUCCUCUGGAUGGUAUGCUGACUCAUAUGGAACAUCGGUUAAUAGGGUGUCUGGUACAGUGGGGACGGCUCUAGCACUGGGCAUACUCAUCAUGGGCCAGUGUGUCACCAAGUGCAAGAAUCCUUCAUCCACGUUGGGCAGUAAAAAUGGUGAGCGGGAAUCGAGCAAGCCCCACAAGCGCAGCUCCAGCCACAAGGAAGAGCAAAUGUCCAUCUGCGGGAAGGCCUCCGGGGAAAUUCUAAUCAAUGGAACCAAGAAAGGAGACGCCUCUUUAGAAGCCAGUCAGCCUCUGUCAACUGGAGGUGACACUAAGAAAAAGGAACAACAGGGUGUUGGCGUGGAGUUGUCUUCUGUGCAGAGAAUUGAGGAAUUGUUUUGGCGAUAUAAGGACAAGCGAGAAGAUGCCAUCUUAGAAGAAGGCAUGGAACGGUUUUGCGACGACCUGUGUGUGGAUCCAACUGAAUUUAGAGUACUGGUUCUAGCGUGGAAAUUUCAGGCGGCUACCAUGUGCAAGUUUACCCGGAAGGAGUUUUUCGAGGGCUGCAAAGCAAUAAACGCAGACAGUAUAGAAGGCAUUUGCGCCCGAUUUGCCGGCCUGCUAAACGAAGCCAAACAUGAGGAUAAGUUUAAGGAUCUUUAUCGCUUCACCUUUCAGUUUGGCCUGGACUCUGAAGAAGGGCAGCGGUCGCUUCACCGGGAAAUAGCCAUCGCCCUGUGGAAGCUAGUGUUCACCCAAAACAAACCCCUUAUUUUGGACCAAUGGUUAGACUUCCUAAGUGAGAACCCCUCAGGAAUCAAGGGAAUCUCCCGGGACACUUGGAACAUGUUCCUAAACUUUACUCAGGUGAUUGGACCGGACCUCGGCAAUUACAGCGAGGAGGAGGCCUGGCCGAGUCUCUUCGAUACAUUUGUGGAAUGGGAAAUGGAGCGAAGGAAAAGCAACGGGGAAACCAAAUGUUCACACACAGACCAUCAGAGAAGAGAUGAGCAGACUUAGAAAGCCGAGCUUUGUGUUCACGGCUAUUACAGUGGAAACUGUGGACCUUUCCUGGAAAUUUAAAACAGAAUCUAGUUUUUUGUUUUUUUUAAACAACUUAACACCUUUUUCUGCCUUGAAUUUGAAAGGGCUCUAAACGCUGGUAAAUUGUUCAGGCACUUUAUUACCAUGGCUUAGUUAUUUCUUCUGGUGCCAGAAAGUGUUUUUAUCUAUAUUCCUACGAGUGCCCGGCACUAUAAAGCAUUAGCAGCAGGGCAUUGGAAAGGGGUUGGGAUGCCCGGGGGGGAUCAUUUAUUUAAUUUGCACCGCAAUGCAUUUGUAGGAGCGCUGGAACGGAGUACACACAAUUCACUCGGGCCACGUCCUGCACCAUUCUUUUUCAUUGGUUAAACCCCCUGCUGUGCCAAAAGGGGUGGGUAACACAUUCAAUGAAGGCCUGGCACAUAGUAAUUGGGGCAAAAGAAACCCCUCGGUCCUGUCUGACGGUGCCAGGGUGGUGUUUAUUGUGCCCCGUUGAUCCCGUGUGAGUGACGGCAGUUCAGUACUGUGUGUCGUGGUGUUUACAUUGUUGGAUUUUAAAGAGUUGUAACCGUUCAGUGGGGUCUGGGUGGGAACUGCUUUUUCUAGGAUGAUAUCGGAGCAUUAAAUGUAUGUGCACUCAUUCAACUUCGAAUACUAUGACAGAGCCAGAUGCUUUUUUUUUUUUUUUUAAUGGAUUCUUUUUCAUGAUACUGCCAUUGUGGAUUUGUAAAGGACAGCAAUUUGUUCAUUUUAAUUUAUUUAAAGGAAAAUAUACCCUAUUUAUUGGCAAGGUUGGCGAUCUGCUGGUUUUUCCCUUAAACAGAAUGGAAACCACCGGGGCUUAGUCGAUUCAGCACCGUCCGUCCCUUUAACGUGAGUUUUAUACAGAUUUCAGUGGCAGAGGUAGGUUAUAUCAUCUUCUUACACGAGCCACAAAUCAUUUCAAUUACACUUCUAAAUGGAGCUUAGUGAUGUCAUCAGUUAUAAUCGGCGUGUAGUGAUGUCAUUUCUGUCACAUGGCUCACGAAAAUGUGUGUUUUAGAAUAAAUAACGGCACCUCCGUUAUAAAAUUUAGGGAUAUUAGAAGUCACUUUGGAGUUCCAUUACCUUCAGCUUUGUACUUUUUAUCUGGUCAAGGAACACCUCAAUUACAUUUUACAAACGUAGAGGGGGGGGUACAUUAUUCACUAUACAUUAUUCCUUCAGGUAAACAAGGGCACUCCAUAUUUAUGAGCGUUUAGUGUUGCUGCUUUAUUUAAGCCUACAGAUCUCAGUUAGGCAUAUGGCAGCUCCCCGUUAAUUAUGCACAGAAUUUGUUGUGUAGCCACAGAAACUUCCCAGCACACUUCUGUCUAUUUAAGAUAAAAGUAACAUUUGAAAACUGGUAUAUUUUCCCUUUAAGGCAACACUAAUGCUAAAGCUAUAAGGCAUGGUGCUAUAAGCAAUAUAAAUGUGUGUUCUCUAAAGGCAUAAGAUGUAUAAGCAGACUGUUGCUUUUUUUUCUUUAAAAAAAGAGAAAAAACUGUUAAGGGCCCACUAAUGUGAGAAUUCAGCAACGGAACGGUGUGAAUGCAGCAACGGAACGGUGAGAAUGCAGGAACGGAACGGUGAGAAUGCAGGAACGGAACGGUGAGAAUGCAGGAACGGAACGGUGAGAAUGCAGGAACGGAACGGUGAGAAUGCAGGAACGGAACGGUGUGAAUGCAGGAACGGUGUGAAUGCAGGAACGGUGUGAAUGCAGGAACGGAACGGUGUGAAUGCAGGAACGGAACGGUGAGAAUGCAGGUUGGAACGUAAGUGACCUGACCCCAUCCGGAUAGAUUAUUUCCAUGUUGUCGUCUUCUGCCAUAACCCACAGAGCCCAUUAGUCUUAAUUAUCUGCAUGUUGUGAAAAAGAGUCAUUAUAAUGUUAUUAUAUACAAUAUUUUCUGUUAUUGACUUGUUUCACUUUAUAUGGCUCUGUUCCCCACCCCCCCCAGUUUGGAAUUACCUGGUUGCUGGGUAGUUCUUUCUUUCUUUUUGUUUGUUGUUUUGGUUUGUUGGCCAAGCACACAAAGAUCUGCACGUUUUGGCAGCCUCUGCACUGGGCCAAAUUGGGUUGAUCCAACUGGUUGGACCCUAGGUCAACAAUUGAAUCAUAAAGGAGAAACCUAUUAAGGCCUUUUGGGAGAGGGCUGCAUUAACGUGCAGAUAUCUGUCAGG